AAAAUGGAUAACCACAGAGCGGACAACUGCAAAUGCCACAAGCAAUCGCAACCGGCACAGCAGACGCUUAGCGACAUGGACUUUGAUCGGGGCAUAUGGAAUGCAGCCAUCUAUAAUGAAGUGGAUCGUGUAAGGGACUUCAUCAAGAAGGGCCAGGCCAUGGCCCGAGAUGACUGCGACUAUACGGCUCUUCAUUAUGCGGCACGCAGUGGCAACGCACAAAUCUGCAAGCUCCUCAUCGAUGAGGGCAACGUGGAUGUGAAUGCGACGACCAAGGCGGGUGCCACAGCUCUCCAUCGGGCAGCCAUGAUGGGUCAUCUGGAUAUAGUGAAGCUCUUGACUGAACACAAGGCUAAUCUCCUGCUGCAGGAUGAGUGCGGACAGAGCGCCCUGCAUCGUGCAGCAUUGCGUGGCCACCUGGAGGUUUGUCGCUACCUACUGGAGCAGGAGCCAACCCUAAAACAGCUCAAGGACAAGAAGGAUAAAUUUGCUUUUGAGUACAUCAUGGAGAAUGCGAAUGACGAUUUUAAGCUAUUGCUAAAGCCCUAAGGGGCGUCAUUCCGUUUCCACUGGCAUGAGUAUCAUUAUAUUUUCUUUUUAAUCUAAGAACAAAAAAGUUGCAAUUUUCUUCUUUAAAACUCUGUACUGUUUAUUUAGACACUCAAAAUGUAUGUAUAUUUUUUCUAAA